GCAGGUGACAUAUUUCAAAUGUGGUGGAGUCUCACUGGGGGUAGGUAUGCAACAUCAUGCAGCAGACGGAGCUUCUGGUCUCCAUUUCAUCAACACAUGGUCUGAUAUGGCUUGUGGUCUUGACCUCACUAUCCCACCUUUCAUCGAUCGGACUCUUCUUCGUGCCCGUGACCCACCCCUGCCUCAGUUCCAACACAUCGAAUACUUGCCCCCUCCGGCCAUGAAAACCGCAAAAUCCGAAUUAGUUCCUGAUACUGUUGUCUCCAUUUUCAAGUUAACCCGAGAUCAACUUAAUGCCCUCAAAGCCAAGUCCAAGGAAGAUGGAAACACCAUUAGCUACAGCUCCUAUGAAAUGUUAUCAGGGCACGUAUGGCGCUGCACGUGCAAGGCACGUGGACUUCCUAAUGAUCAGGAGACAAAGUUAUACAUUGCAACCGAUGGAAGGUCCAGGCUUAGGCCAUCACUCCCACCUGGCUACUUUGGCAAUGUGAUUUUCACUACCACGCCUUUGGCAAUAGCCGGUGACCUCCAAUCAAAGCCAACUUGGUACGCUGCAAGUAGAAUUCACGAUGCGUUAGGUAGAAUGGACAACGAUUACUUAAGGUCAGCUCUCGAUUACUUGGAAUUGCAACCUGAUUUGAAGGCGCUUGUUCGUGGCGCGCAUACAUUCAGGUGCCCAAAUCUGGGGAUAACAAGCUGGGCUAGGCUGCCAAUUCACGACGCAGACUUUGGUUGGGGGAGGCCUAUAUUCAUGGGACCUGGUGGAAUUGCUUAUGAAGGGUUGAGUUUUGUAUUGCCAAGUCCAACUAAUGAUGGCAGCUUAUCAAUUGCUAUUUCACUGCAAUUGGAGCACAUGAAACUCUUUGAGAAGUUCUUGUAUGACAUUUAAGGAAACACACCGUCGGACCAACUCAUGUUAAUCAAUCCGAGCCGGCUGAUUUGGGACAUGCCGGAGUAUUUUUUUUUCCUUUGGUGGUUGUGUUUCUUCCCUACCUGUUUUCAUACACCUUGUUUAUGUCUGUUAUUAAGCUACACUUUUGUUUAUGUCAAACUGUGGGUUGAUGUCUAGAGUACAAUUGACAAAUGCUAUUGAUUACAUUGUAUUAUUAAUCUAAGACUCAAUUUCAUAUAAGAGUAAUGUUGUUAAAUGUUGUAAAAUUGAGUUGAUGAUGCUAGUAGUCGAUGUAUAGAGUUAAAUAGAUACCUCUAUGGCUCAAUGCCUUGUACCUAUGUGUCACACCCUAACUGACUUGGGUGCAUAAUGAAGGUCUUGGUGGCACCUUAUGGUACCUUGCACCAAUGCACGCCAUGAAAUUGAAUCAAGGUGAUGCGGAUAAGUAGUUCGACAGAUUGAUGCAGACUGUGGUAGCAUGAGACCACCUGGUUGAGCAUGACAGCAUGCGGUGGCUCAAUCGAGGCAAUGUGGGUGCAUAGCUUCGAAUUGCAUGGCAUGGGCUGAACCCAACAUGCACAAUGGUUGGUGAUGCAAGGCUGACUACUGAAUGUGGGCACAUGAUUGCUCAAUGUAUGUGACCAGGAGGAUGUGGACUGUUACAGACAGUUGCUGAACCAGGCUUAGUUUGUGGGAAACAGUUCUGGGCAUUCUUAGUUUGAUUCUGGUCCAGAUGCAUUCUAAUGAGGGACAGUUCCACAUCAAUUACUAAGUAGGUGGAAUUGCCUGCCAGGUGUUGCACAAAGAUCAAGCCUAUUGGCCAAGUUUGCUAUGGAAUAGUAGAAUGUGGGAAACUACCCUUUGACAGAUGGGGGUGUCAUUUGUCAUACUCUUUGUAUAAA